AUGGAACGAAUUGCGUCUGCGACAUUCUCUUGCCCAGCGAUUUCAAUGCCUCGCGUCUGUAGAAUCAAACCUUGUGGCCUAAACAUCGAUACCGAUCAUAGAAAGAGAUUCUCGUGUCGAGUAGCUGUAGCUUCUAGGGUCGUCGACAGGUUUAAUGGCGGUGAAGCCAUUGAUCUGGUGAAGUUAGAUGGGACAUGGAGGCUACAGUAUACAUCUGCACCUGAUGUUGUUGUUCUGUUUGAAGCUGCUUCAAGGUUUCCCUUCUUUCAGGUGGGUCAGAUCUUCCAGAAGUUUGAGUGCAAAGAUCGAUCAGACGGUGGAAUCAUUCGGAAUGUUGUUCAGUGGAGUGUUCCAAGCUUGUUAGAGGAUCAAGAAGGUGCAACACUUGUUGUGACUGCAAAAUUCGAUAAGGUCUCUACUCGAAAUGUCUACCUUCAGUUUGAAGAGAUAAGUGUUAGAAACAUUAACAUUAAUGAGCAGCUUCAAGCUUUUAUCGCACCUGCAAUUCUUCCACGCUCAUUUUUCAACCUUCAGAUUCUGCAGUUUAUACGUACUUUCAAAGCUCAGAUUCCAGUAAACGCAACCAGCCCAGGAAGGAGAUCUGUAGGUGGAUUGUAUUACCUGUCUUAUCUCGACAAUAACAUGCUCUUGGGUCGAUCUGUUGGAGGAGGAGGAGUAUUUGUCUUUACUAAAUCUCAACCCCUCGAGCUGUGA